GCCCCGCCGCCCGGCAUGGACACGCCUCGCAGCCGCCGCCGCCUCACGCCGCCCCUGCUCGCCUGCCUUCUCCUCCUGCCCCUGCUGCUCGACGGCUUGGUUGUUUUCCAGACCUAUGCAGUGGAUGUGGAGGUGAAAGAUGAGUCCAACGUCUCCUGUCUGUAUGCAAAAUGGAUGUUGAAACUUUCAAUAAUGUACGAAGGAACUGAUGAAUAUAAAACAUCCACUUUUAUGCUACCUGAUGACGUGAGCUACGUUGGAACCUCUUGUGGCAAUAAAACCAGUGGACCUGUCCUUUCGAUUGAGUUUGGGGAAGGAAACUCUUGGGCCAUCCACUUCACAAAAACAAAAGACACCUAUCAAGGAGUCACCACCUUUACCUACAACACGGGAGACACCGUGUUGUUUCCGGAUGCUAAAAAGAAAGAACGAGUUACUGUUUCUACAAAUUUUCCUGCGAAUCCAGUUAAGCUCAAUACAGCAUUUAGCUGUGGCACUGAAGAUGCUGUGAAAAGUGACAACGUCACCCAGACUUUCCUGAAUGUCACUCUGCAAGCUUUCCUUCAAGAUGGGCGCCUGAGUAGCCAACAGACACUCUGUGAUAAUGACGUUACGAUGUCCACCAGCUCUCCUGUUGUUGGGGAAGCCAGAUCUGCCCAAUUGGUCUCCACUGCUGGCACCCCAGAUUUAAAUGCCACGGGCCCUUCCUCACCACCUUCGCCCUCGGUCCCACCAGAGGAGAAACCUGGCACAGGGAGCUAUACAGUCAAAUCUGGCGAGGUUACCUGCCUUUUAGCAAACUUGGGCUUGCAGCUGAACAUCACUCAACAGAUUCCUCUGAUUAUUAACUUUAAUCCAAACACCACGCUGGCCAGUGGUCACUGUGGCCAAACAACUGCUGCUCUUCAGUUGAGUGAUGGUAGCAAAAAGGUUGAUUUCCUCUUCGCUGUGAGGAAUGCAACGUCGGAAAAGUUCUAUCUGAAAGGGGUGGACAUUGCUAUAGUUGGAUCAAAAAAUGCCACGCUAUCGGCCACAAAUCACUCUCUCAAUUACUGGGAAACCACCUUGGGGAAUUCAUACUUGUGUCGAAAAGAAGAAUCGAUCAUUGUGAUCCCUGGCUAUAAAGUAAACAUCUUUGACUUAAAGAUCCAGCCAUUUGAAGUUGAGGAAGGACAGUUUUCAGCAGCGCAGGAAUGUUCGCUGGAUGAUGACACUAUUCUAAUCCCAAUUAUAGUUGGAGCUGCCCUUGCGGGCUUGAUUGUCAUAAUAGUAACUACCUACUUAAUUGGCCGAAGAAAAACUUAUGCUGGCUAUCAAACCCUGUAGGUCUGGCGGGACUGUUGUUCAACAUGGGUUGGGAUGAAAGCUGGUGCACGUUCCCCACAUGGAACCCAACUGUUUAAAACUUGCAAUUCACUCUUUAAAAAUGGGGAGAUCUCUCUCCGCUCCGGUGAAACAGGGUCAACGAUACGUCUCCUCUAUUUGUAAUAAGGACUUUACAAACUGCAUUGGAGCUCUCGGAAUGGUGAAAAUCAGCUCUGAAAUUAAGCUUUAGAUUGAAAUAUUGCCAUGUAGAGAUGUACCAGUAAAUAAGUUACUCUCCAGAAGAAGAUUUGGUUUUACUCUGGCUCAACUUAGGGUGUUCAAGCAAUAGGGGUGGCAAAUCGGGAUUUGCUUCCACUGUCUUGUGUACAAACAGUGGCAACCUGGCUGCCAUGACAACUGUAACCUAGGAAUCCAGGCCUACCUGCAAUGCUAAGAAAGUUGUUUCGGUAGUAUUUUUUCAGCUCAUGGCCCUGAAUAAAUCUGUUGAGUUAACUACUUCAGCCUGAGUAAGCCUGACUAAUGCACUUUUUUUUAUUUUUUUCCCACCAAUUUGGUAGCAGUUACUGAUUCUGAAACUCGUUGCCUUUACACUGUGGUUUAAAAUAACACAGAA